ACUACUAUUACCAUACCAAAAGAAAUAGAAAACAAAGAAGAUUUUGGGUUCAUCCAUACAUUGAAAGAAAUUUUCAUCAUCGACUAUUUGUUGCCGCGCGAGAAUUGAAUCUUUCUGAUGCUAAAUUUGUAUGCUUUUAUCGCAUGUCUAAAGAUAGUUACUUACAAUUAGUACAACUGAUUUCUCCUGCCAUCCACAAAAAAAAUACGAAUAUGAGAGAGUGUGUCAAUGCUGAGGAGCGGAUAUUAAUUACUCUCAGAUACUUAGGUACUGGUGGAACAUUUUCAUCACUUGCAGUUUAUUUCGCUAGAGGGGAGUCCACAGUUGGUGGGAUUGUGUCGGACACAUCAAAAGUGAUUUGGGAAGUGUUGAAGGACAAAUACAUGCAGGUACCGAAUAGAGAGCAGUGGACAGCAAUAGCACAACGUUUUGAGACUCUCUGGAAUCUUCCAAACUGCAUAGGAGCAAUCGAUGGCAAACACGUCAGAAUUGAGAAGUUUGCGAAUAGUGGUUCUUCCAAUUUUAACUACAAAUCAUAUCAUUCGACAGUGUUAUUGGCUUGCUGUGAUGCUGACGGUUUAUUCACAAUGAUUGAAACGGGUUAUGCCGGAAGAAAUAGCGAUGGAGGUAUAUUCAGGGCAUCAGCAAUGAAAUAUUGGAUACAUCGUGGUGAACUUGAUAUUCCUACCCCCUCACUAUUGACUUAUGAUGAAAACUACAGCUCAUUUCCAUAUUACUUUGUUGCCGAUGAAGCAUGUCCGUUGUCAAGAUAUCUAAUGAGACCUUACCCUCAAAGAGUUUUGGAUAAUGUAAAAAGAAUAUAUAACUACAGAAUUAGCAGAGCAAGGAAAACCAUUGAAUGUACUUUUGGAAUGGUAUGUGAAAAGUUUGCUGUUUUAAAUGGUCCUAUUCGCAUUAGAGAGUCCGAAAAUGUGAACUUCGUCAUCAAAGCCGCAUGCGUCCUCCAUAACUAUGUACGAAAACUAGAGGGACUUCCGUACGUAUCUACCUAUCCCCAGGACUGUGAACCCAAGGACCAAAUCGAUGUAAGAACUACUGCACAAAAUAUGACAAUAAACGAAACCUCUUCUCCAGCAGCACUUAGAAAUUAUUUAGCAAAUUAUUUUCUUACCCCACGAGGAUCUGUGCCUUGGCAAUGGAAAUAUGCUAUUAACUAACUAACUUAUAAUUAAUUUUGUUCAUUUACUAAUUACAUAAUUUUCAUGUUAAACACAAAUUAAAUGUUUUACGUAUUUUUAGCAAUAACAGAACUUAUUUUUCUUUAAAUUAGUAUGGUAAUUGAUAGCAAUAAUCUUCGUAAAAGAAAAUAAAAUAAUAAAAUAAAUGAAAUAUUAUUAUUAUUAUUUUAAAUCAAUUGUAGCUAUAAUAUUUAAUAUAUCAAUAUUGGCACCGAUUCACGGUGUUCAGUCAUGUGAAAAUAGAAAAAAUAAAAGAAAAAAUAGAAAAUAGACAAAAUUCAGUACCAAUGUAUGAGAGAACCAUAAAUUAUAUUAUUAUGUUGUGGCAUUUGUGGGUUUCACUAAUUUAAUCGAUUAAAUUCUAUAUUUAAAAUUAAUAUUAUGAAUAAUCAAUAUUUUUGUUACUAAUGUUUAUAAAUAAUAUAAUAAUAUAAUAUAAUUUAUA